AUGGAAGCUCCUCGACCUCAAAGCUCGGUUACAACAGCUUUGGGUCUUUCUUGUGAUUGGAGUCUUAUCUCCCUUGGCAAGGGUUAUUUCAACAUUCAGUUUGUUUCUAUGGAGGAAAGGGAGGCGGUGUGGAAGAAAGGUUCUUGGGCGGUCAAGCCUGGUAUUCUACGGCUGCAGCGAUGGGUUCCGGACUUCAACCCAUACAAGGUACGUACUUCAGUUGCUUGGGUCCGAAUUUAUGAAUUGAGUAUCGAAUAUUGGCACCCUUCGGUGAUUUUUGGUAUUGCUAGAGCUCUUGGUACUCCGGUCAAAAUAGAUGAUCUAUCUUUGAACGGGAUGUUCGGGCAUUACGUUCGGGUUUUGGUUGAUAUUGACUUAUCACUGCCUCUUCAAGAUCAUGUCAUGCUCGAGCGUCAAGGUCACUGUUGCUUUGUAUCAUUGUCUUACGAGUGGCUGCCUAGUUUUUGUCCCCAAUGUAAUGUGGUGGGGCACUCCACGACCACUUGCAGGAAGAAUAAGCCCCCGCCGGCUUCCAAAGGCUUGGAUUCUGACGAUGUUUCCAGGAGGGGUCGGUCUAGGGAAGUUUACAGGGAAAAACCAAGGCAGAAAGGUAAAGAUAAGAUGCCAGUUAAGGGUGCCCCGGAGAUUGGGGUAUCAGGUUCAGGUCCGUCCUCGUUGGAUACUAGCAAGAAAUUUGCGGCUUUGCAAACAGUUGAUGGGGAUGAGGAGUCGGGUGCUGACUUGCCAGCAGCUUCGUGCCCUGUUGAAUCUACUCUUCAGGUGCCGGUUAACUUUGAGGAGGCUAUGCCGAACUCGGCGUCAGCUGCUCCUCUUUCAACGGAACCUGGUGCAGUUUCGGUCGAACCUGCAAAGUCUCUCUCUACCUCGGUCAAGCCGCGGUCUCAGUCGGUCCCUCCGUCCCGUCUGGUGGACAAAUCUACAGCUAGGAAAUGGAAUUUUGACCCUCAAAUUCUGUCGUCGACGAGGUUGGCGGAGGUAUCCACGUCGACUUCCUCGGUUACUUCGGACUCAAUCCGACAUAAACUGGAGCUCAUUCGUAAGGGCCUGCCCCUUCCCGCAUCUGAUGUGGUUAUCACGGAUCCGGUAUCAUCCUCAGCUGCGCAUGCUAUGUCUAUAGCAGCACGAAAAAGUUGGGCAGAUCUCACGGAGGGGAAACUAUGUCUUUAA